GGUCACGACUUCACUGCAUGCCUUAGCCUUGCACGCGCCCUUUCUCUGCCACCGUACAAAGCCUGGGAGAACACUUUUGAAAACAAAUCAGGAAAUUACUUAUCAAUCUGAAGCCACACAGAGUUAUGAGUAUUCCUCGCUGCCAGAGGAUAGAGGAUUUUGAGCAAAUGCUCCACAUCUGUGUGCACUGAGUUCAAAGAGCCCAGCUGUUGGACGGUCCUUCGAGCACUAGCCAAAGAUGUUUGUGUUGCUCUAUGUUACAAGUUUUGCCAUAUGUGCAAGUGGACAACCUCGGGGUAGUCAGCCCAAAGGAGACAACUACUCCCCCAGAUACAUCUGCAGCAUUCCUGGCUUACCUGGACCCCCAGGGCCGCCUGGAGCAAAUGGUUCCCCUGGGCACCAUGGUCGGAUUGGCCUUCCAGGAAGAGAUGGUAGAGACGGCAGGAAAGGAGAGAAAGGUGAAAAGGGAACUGCAGGUCUGAGAGGCAAGACAGGGCCUCUGGGUCUUGCUGGUGAGAAAGGGGACCAAGGAGAGCCUGGAAAGAAAGGUCCCAUGGGACCAGAGGGACAGAAAGGAGAAGUAGGUCCAGUGGGGCCUCCUGGCCCAAAGGGAGACCGAGGAGAACAAGGGGACCCAGGGCUGCCUGGAGUGUGCAGAUGUGGGAGCAUCAUGCUCAAAUCCGCCUUUUCUGUGGGCAUCACCACCAGCUACCCGGAAGAAAGACUGCCUAUCAUAUUUAACAAGGUGCUCUUCAACGAGGGGGAGCACUACAACCCCACGACCGGGAAGUUCAUCUGCGCCUUCCCAGGGAUCUACUACUUCUCCUACGACAUCACCUUGGCCAACAAGCACCUGGCCAUCGGGCUGGUGCACAACGGCCAGUACAAGAUAAAGACCUUUGACGCCAACACAGGGAACCACGACGUGGCUUCCGGGUCCACGGUCAUCUACCUGCAGCCAGAGGACGAGGUCUGGCUGGAGAUCUUCUUCACAGACCAGAACGGCCUCUUCUCAGACCCGGGCUGGGCAGACAGCUUAUUCUCUGGCUUUCUCCUCUACGUUGACACAGAUUACCUGGAUUCCAUAUCAGAAGGCGAGGAACUGUGAUCCACACAGCAGACCUGAGAGCGCCGAGGUCACGGUGGCUGACACUUUGAUUCAGUCUGGGGAGCUGGGAAGUGAAGUGAGCAAGAAGGGGAUCUGAAGAGGCUCCUAAUCAGAUGCCAGAGCAUUUACAGACAGUUCCGCUGAAUUUAUGGAAACAAGAGAAACCACCAGACAACUGAAACCACACCAACAUGAACUAUGUAUAAUAACGCCAGAUGUGAAUUCUCUUGAAACUAAUGUUUGUAAAUAUUUAAACAAAUUAAAGACAAUGUUAACAAAAAUUUUGUUAAAUGCCCUUAGUGAUAAAACCAGCUGGCAAUGAUAUUGCCUCAUUAAAUCUUUAUAAAAU